AUGAAGGCGCUGACUGGACUUGUCCUGUCGAGAAAGGGAAACUCCGUCCCGUCUCCGUGGUCGGGUGUCUCGGCCCCGCUGGCGCAGCCGUCGAUUGCGAGAAACUCCCGCGCUCUCCUCGCCAAGGCGUGUUCGCUCUCUUCCUCGCACGCCGUGGGCGAGCAAAAACGACGCUCUGGAAACUUGAGCGACAGCCCGGCCUGUGGGAGUCGAAACGCCCGCCUCUACGCGUCCCUCUCGCAGGCGCGAAACAUGUCAACCAAGGCGAAUCCCUACGCCUUCGCGGCGAAGACUCUGGAGGGGACGCAGAAAACGUACUACGACCUGGGAGCUCUGCAAGAUGACCGCCUCAAGACGCUGCCUUUUUCAAUCCGCGUUCUUCUCGAGUCUGCAGUACGCAACUGCGAUGGAUUCAGCAUCAAACCCGAGGACGUUCAGACCAUUCUCGACUGGCAAAAGUCCAGCCAGGCCCAAAAAGAGAUUCCCUUCAUGCCCGCGCGAGUUCUGCUCCAAGACUUCACGGGCGUGCCGGCGGUGGUGGAUUUGGCUGCGAUGCGCGACGCGAUGGCCCGUCUCGGCGGUCCGCCGUCCAAGAUCAAUCCGCUCGUCGACGUGGAUCUCGUGAUUGAUCACUCAGUGCAAGUCGACUACUCCCGGUCGCCUCAGGCCUUUGAGAAGAACUUGGCGAAGGAGAUGGAGCGCAACUCUGAGCGUUUUUCCUUCCUGAAGUGGGGGUCGACGGCCUUCUCGAACAUGCUCAUUGUUCCCCCCGGCUCGGGAAUUGUGCACCAAGUGAACUUGGAGUAUCUCGCGCGGGUUGUGAUGGACAAAGCGAAGAACGGAAACAGAUCUCUGCUCUACCCCGACUCUCUAGUCGGCACCGACUCGCACACGACGAUGAUCAACGGCUUGGGCGUGGUCGCCUGGGGGGUUGGCGGCAUCGAGGCCGAGGCCGUCAUGCUCGGACAGCAGAUCUCCAUGGUGUUGCCGCAAGUCAUCGGCUUCGAGUUGACGGGCCAGCUGUCUCCCUCGGUCACCGCCACUGACCUCGUCCUCACUGUCACCAAUAUCCUCCGCAAGAAAGGAGUUGUCGGAAAGUUCGUGGAAUUUUACGGCCCCGGCGUGAAAACCCUCACCCUAGCGGACCGCGCAACCGUCGCCAACAUGGCCCCUGAAUACGGGGCGACGAUGGGUUUCUUCCCCGUGGACGAACAGACGCUCCGUUACUUGAAGCAGACCGGGCGUUCGGACGAGAAGGUCGAUUUGAUUGAGGCGUACACGAAGGCGAACUAUUUGUUUGCGGGCCAGGGCGCGCACGAGGCGAUCGCCUUCUCGGAUCGCGUGUCGCUGAACCUGUCGGAGAUUCAGCCGUGCGUCGCGGGGCCGAAGCGACCGCAGGACCGCGUCCCUCUGAACGACGUGAAGGAGGAUUUCCAGGUGUCGCUGCGGAACCCUGUGGGGUUCAAGGGCUUUGGGUUGGCCGACGCGCAGGCGGAGAAGAAGGUUGAAAUGACUUACCAGGGGAAGACCUACACGCUGACGAACGGGUCGGUGGUGAUUGCGGCCAUCACGAGUUGCACCAACACUUCGAAUCCCGGAGUGAUUCUCGGCGCCGCCAUGCUCGCCCGCAACGCCGUGCAGAAAGGCCUCUCUGUGCCGCCGUACAUUGUCACGACCCUGUCGCCAGGCUCCCAAGCCGUCACCGAGUACCUCGCGCGCUCGGGUCUCCUCACGGACCUCGAGAAGCUCGGCUUCUACACAGCCGGCUACGGCUGCAUGACGUGCAUCGGCAACACUGGAGACUUUGAUCCGGAGGUGUCGGAGGCGAUCACCAAGGGCGACCUCGUGGUUGCCGCAGUCCUCUCUGGAAACCGCAACUUCGAGGGCCGCGUCCACCCCCUCACGCGCGCAAACUACCUCGCCUCGCCGCCCCUCGUCGUCGCCUACGCGCUCGCCGGUCGCGUCGACUUUGACUUCGAAAACGAACCCCUCGGCAACGACUCUGAGGGGAAACCCGUGUUCCUCAGAGACAUCUGGCCCAGCCGCGACCAAAUCGCAGAAGUGGAGGCAAAGGCGCUCUCUGCCUCCGCCUUCGUGAAGAUCUACGAGCACAUCACUGAGGGAACGCCGGCGUGGAACGCCCUGAAGACAGCCAAGGCGAGCGACUUGUUCGAGUGGGACGAGAAAUCGACUUACAUCCACAACCCGCCCUUCUUCCAGACAAUGGGCAAAGAACCGUCGCCUAUUGCUGACAUUGAAGACGCGUACUGCCUGUUGAAUCUGGGGGACAGCAUCACCACGGACCACAUUUCCCCAGCUGGAAACAUCGCCAUGAACUCCCCGGCAGCAAAGUACUUGCAGGCGAAGGGUGUGGAGCGGAAGGACUUCAACACCUACGGAGCCCGGCGGGGCAACGAUGAGAUCAUGGUUCGUGGCACGUUUGCAAACAUCCGCCUGGUGAACAAGCUCUGCCCGAAGGACGGUCCCAAGACUGUCCACGUGCCGACUGGAGAAGUGUUGCCUGUCUACGACGUCGCGAUGAAAUACAAAGCAGAAGGAAAACCCAUGAUUGUUCUCGCCGGAAAGGAAUACGGAAGUGGCAGCUCUCGCGACUGGGCCGCAAAGGGCCCUUACCUGAUGGGUGUGAAGGCGAUCAUUGCAGAGUCGUUUGAGCGCAUUCACCGCACGAACCUCGUGGGCAUGGGCAUCGUGCCGCUGCAGUUCCAGGAGGGUCAGAACGCGGAGAGCCUGGGAUUGACAGGGAAGGAGCAGUUCAGUAUUUCCCUCAACAAGGGGGAGAUUGUUCCCGGUUCUCUCAUCACCGUCAAGACCAGAGAGGGGAAGACCUUCGACGUGCGCUGCCGAAUCGACACGGAGCUCGAGGUGAAAUAUUUCCAGAACGGCGGCAUUCUCCACUACGUCCUCAGAAAUCUCGUGAAGCAGCACGCGGAGGGACACUGA